CAUGUCAGAUCAUUACCUCUAUCCUCCUGGGUCCUGUUGUUUUUUUCUCCUUCUCACUGUUGCCCUAUAAUUAAAAACUACGACAUCAAUGUCAGACACACCUGUUGUUAAUCUUUAUACAGUUUGCAUACCUUUCUCUUUCAAGGUCAAAAUUUGAAUGACAAGGAGACAAUUAGUUUUGCCAUCAAAGCGCCACAGUAUUUGUGACUAAAUUUGAGGUCGUUUGAAGGACAUAAUUUGACGUUUAAGAAUACAAGACUAAAUUGAGUUCUGUAAUUAGAUUUUGUGUCUCAGUAAGCCAAACAAAACAUUCGGUACACAGCUCUUAGACGUUCAUAAUCAAGUAAACAUGCCUUUUUCAAAGCCAUCUAAUCAGAGACUAAGUGAGAUGACCACAAGACAGUUUUGAAACGGGAGAAACUACGAAAUCGUUGCAACAUGAGAACGUUUUACCAAAUAUCACAUAGGCUUGAAAGGGCUAGUCACUUGUCUAUGAUUAAAAGAGCUUGAAGGUCCAUCCAUACUAAAACAAAAAAUAAGGUCAUUCAUAGCUAGAUUCUAAAUCGCAGUAGCCUAAUAUUAUUUGUCCUACCCUUUUAAAGGAAUAGACACUCCCUUUGUUAGGCGAUGACCAACGCAGCAGUAGGUUUAAUCAUUGCUACUGUACAUAAGCCCCACCCGGAGCUCGAGAGUGCACAAGCCACCCGUACAACUACACAACGCCAGCUGCAGGUGCGCACAGCCGGGCCAGCCCCACAACAACAGCCGGGCCAGGAUGUCGCGGUUCCCGCAGUUCCCUGCGGUGUUGCUGGUCCUGCUGCUGACCACCAGGCAGUGGCCGGAGUCGCAGGCUGCUCCCCAGGCUGCACAUUACAAUCCGGACACGCAGGCUGACCAUUCCGCACCCUACAGGCCGGCUGACCAGGCUGCAACGUACACCCCUUACACCAGUACGGAGAACCCCCAGCUUCAGGUGAUGGCCGGCAUGAUGGAGGCGAUGCAUGCCGAGAUCAAGACUCUGCGAAGUUCGGUUUUCCACAUGGCGGAAUUGAAGGCCUUCGAAAGGCGGCUUGCUGCCAUGGAGGCGCGUCAGGCCGCCGCCCUGGAAGAUCUGUCCUCCCGUCAGAACCAGACGGCUGCCCGACAAGAGGAGCGGUUCGCAGAUUUCUGCCGGACCAGGCGCAUGGGCAUGUCAACCGGCGAUAUUCCGGAUAGCAGCUUCACUGCAUCAUCCUACUACGAUCACCGGUUCGUGCCUGUUAACGCCAGAUUUAAUAUCAACAGGUGCUGGAUACCGAGAACACCAACUGCGGAGUGGCUAAAGGUAGGUCUAGUUUGUUGGUCUGCCUCUUUAAGUCCGUGCUUAUAAACUCCAAUCGAGAGGCUGUUUUGAUGACGUAGGCUGUACCCCGUGAAAAAGACUUCGCCCCUGCACGGCCCUGAAGCCAAGCAUUUGUACCGGUGGUUUGCUGGUGUUCUCCACGGGCAGGGCACGUCUUAUUUUGUUACCUGGUCCCCGGUUUGUUUUGCCCAGCCGGCUAUAAAAAGGACCCACAAGGCGUCUCACAGGGCCACAAACAGGUGACGCCUGAAAGUGCCUAAAACAGCCCCUGAAGUGCCCAUUGGGACAUAAGCCUUACAAACCUGUGUAACUACAGAUGGACCU